CCUCCUUCGAGGUUUCUCCCUUGCUUGCGCCCGAGGGAAACCUUUGACCGGAGCUGCGUUCCCUGUUAGCAUUGCUAACUGAGCAGCUAACUGGCGAUUGGUUUGCGUGCUUCCUUUCUCGUGCUGAGAGAUGUGGUUUAUUUAUUUGCUGAGCUGGCUGUCACUGUUGAUCCAGGUGUCCUUCGUCACUCUAGCGAUAGCUGCUGGUCUGUACUACUUGGCAGAACUCAUAGAAGAGUUCACGGUGGCCACCAGUCGAAUAAUAAAGUACAUGAUCCUGUUUUCGACAGGCGUGCUGGCAGGUCUGUACAUCUUGGAAAGCUUCCCAGCGUUGAUGGUGGCAGUGGGACUCUUCACCAAUCUGGUCUACUUUGGCCUGCUGCAGACAUUUCCGUACAUCCUGCUGAGCUCACCCAACUUCAUCCUCUCCUGUGUGUUGGUUGUGGUCAACCACUACAUGGCCUUCCAGUUCUUUGCGCAAGAGUAUUAUCCUUUCUCAGAGGUGCUGGCAUAUUUCACCAUCUGCCUAUGGGUGAUCCCAUUUUCCUUUUUCGUGUCACUGUCAGCGGGCGAAAACGUGCUUCCAUCCACCGUGCAGCAAGGUGAUGACGUGGUGUCCAAUUACUUCACCAAGGGCAAGCGGGGGAAGCGCUCUGGGAUCCUCCUGGUGUUCUCCUUCCUCAAGGAGGCUGUGCUCCCCAGCCGGCAGAAAAUGUACUGAGGGACCGGACUCCGGGGGGUCGGGUGGGCAGGACUGUGGGAAUGGUGUGUAUGUGUUUGGAAUUCCAAUGUAAUUGUGGUUCAAGGGGAAAGAGGUUGGACGAAUGAUCCGUGCAGCGUCUCCUGCUGGGCGAGCUGACGAUCUUAACCGAUCGUAGUCCCCACCCGCACUAUCGACCGCAUCGGACUGUCUCGUUAAGGUGUUGAAAAGCAUAUUUGAGUUUCGCAAGACACACCCAGAAAGCUUGUGCUAGGUUGCCUGGACCAGUCAUGUUACAGUUCUACAGGCAGUUUAGAAGAUGAAUAUUUAUGAGACCUUGGGAGUACAGCAAUUUCGGAAUGAGCUUUCGAGACAUGUAGCAGCUUAGAAAACAGUCAACGAAAGCACUUGGCAAAGGUGAAUGAAAGCCACCCGUCAUCACAUCCACUGGACUGUUUUUGAUGAACAUAUUUUUCUACCUUGAUUUGAGCAUCAAACGUGCACGGAGCCCGACCGCAAUCGGAAACCUUUGUAAGCGAUGCCGUUCAUUAGCUUUCCGCAAAUCCUACGCAAUGCGCAAAAUUACUGAAACCGAUUGGAGUAAAAUGAUUCUUGACUGCACUGAGCAAGAGCCCGA